AAACAACAUUUGUGGUUAAACACUUCCAACAAAGAAAUAAAAAAUGAAAAAUCAAAGAUGAUAAAAAUUUCUAUUUCUUUCUAUAUAUUUCACAAACUUUUCAAAUUUGCUUCUAAUUUUCUUUGGAAAUAUUGUUAAAGUUUCUAAAGGACCCCUUUUUUCUGAACUGCUGGGAAAGAUAAGGAGCUGUUUGAAAUUUUGAUAAUUGGGACUACAUAUUCACAAUAAUCAGAAGAAAUUGGGUUUAGGUAUAAGGAAAAUGGGGGUGGAUUAUUAUAACGUGUUGAACGUUGGGAAGACAGCGACGGAGGAUGAUCUAAAGAAGGCUUAUAGAAAAUUGGCAAUGAAAUGGCAUCCUGAUAAGAAUCCAAACAACAAGAAGGAAGCUGAGGCUCAAUUCAAGGAAAUAUCAGAGGCCUAUGAAAUUUUAAGUGAUCCUGAUAAAAGACAAGUCUUUGAUCAGUAUGGUGAAGAAGGACUAAAAGAGAUGCCAUCACCUGGAUGUAGCAAUAAUCCUCGAAACGCUGAGGACAUUUUUGCAGAAUUUUUUGGGAGCAGUCCCUUCGGAUUUGGAUCAGCUGGAGUUAAGUCCACGAGAUUCUCAUCAGAAGGAAGUGGUUUCGCAGGAUUUGGUGGGAGUGAGAAUAUUUUCAGGCCAGCUAGUGAUGGAACUGGUGCUAAUAUGCCCAAGAAACCACCACCAGUUGAGAGUAAAUUGCCUUGCAGCCUUGAGGAGCUUUAUUCUGGAUCGACGAGGAAAAUGAAGAUAUCUAGAACUGUAGUCGAUACGAAUGGGAGGUUAGUGACGGAAUCAGAAAUUUUAACUAUUGAUGUAAAACCUGGCUGGAAAAAAGGUACAAAGAUAACAUUUCCAGACAAAGGAAACGAGCAGUUGAACCAGCUUCCAGCAGACCUCGUAUUUGUAAUAGACGAGAAGUCUCAUGACGUUUACAAGAGAGAUGGUAAUGACCUUAUGAGGGACUAUAAAGUAACAUUAGCAGAGGCAUUGGGAGGAACAACUAUCAAACUAACAACGUUAGAUGGUCGUGCAUUGACGAUUCCAGUGAAUGAAAUUGUAAAACCUGGUUAUGAACUUGUGCUUGCAAAAGAAGGCAUGCCAAUCACAAAGGAACCUGGCAAUAGAGGUGUUUUAAAGAUCAAGUUUGAUGUUAAAUUCCCCACAAGAUUGACAACUGAUCAACGAACAGCCCUCAAACGCGCUUUGGGGGGCUGAGAACGUGGUAAAUUCAAUCGAUACUUAUCGAGGAGCUGGUGUAAAGCAGAAGAAUCACAUUAGAAGUAUAGAGUAUUAUUGUUCAUUCAUUCAUAUGUAAAAGGGAAAAAAAAAGUUUUUUUAAGAUUGGUUCUAGGAGAAAGCAAAGGAGUUGUGUCAAUUAUAAGUUUGUAAAUUGGUAUUUCUCCUUUAGUGCUGAUUGACUUGAUAUAGAAUGUCAGGAUAUUGAGAAAUAUAGAAGAAUUAUAUACGUUAUGGC